CGUAUUUCUCCAUACGCCGUAUAUACGUCACUUCCUUUUCCGCCACGGCUUCGCCGACAGAAACACGAGUCUCAAUUUUCCGGCUUUUUAUUUGAUCUUUUUUCCUGUCGUAAACCGAGUUUUAACACUCGGUUGGCAAAUAUGAAACCUAUUCUACUUCAGGGCCACGAAAGGUCCAUCACUCAGCUCAAGUACAACAGAGAAGGAGACCUCAUCUUCUCCGUGGCUAAGGACACAGUUGCAAAUGUGUGGUACUCCGUCAACGGCGAGCGUCUGGGCACCUACAAUGGACACACAGGAGCAGUGUGGUGUGUCGACUGCGACUGGGACACCAAGAACGUAUUGACCGGUUCGGCAGACAACAGCUGUAGGCUGUGGGACUGCGAGACAGGUAAACAGCUGGCCCUGGUCAACACAAACUCGGCGGUCAGGACGUGCGGCUUCGACUUCAGCGGCAAUAUCAUUAUGUUCUCCACCGACAAACAGAUGGGCUACCAGUGCUUCCUCAACUUCUUUGACCUACGGGAUCCACAGCAAAUUGAUGACAACCAGCCAUACCUGACCAUACCGUGCAACGACCACAAGAUCACCAGUGCUGUGUGGGGGCCGCUGGGCGAGUUUGUCAUCGCCGGCCACGAGAACGGCGAGAUCAACCAGUUCGGCGCCAAGUCGGGGGAUGUCCUGAAAACUAUUAAGGAGCACAACAAGCAGAUCAAUGACAUUCAGACGUCGGUGGACCUGACCAUGGUCAUCACUGCAUCCAAAGACAACACUGCCAAGCUCUUUGACUCGUCUUCCUUGGACCACAUCAAGACCUUCAGGACAGAGCGACCUGUCAAUUCAGCCUCUAUUUCGCCGAUUAUGGACCAUGUGGUAAUGGGCGGCGGUCAAGAAGCCAUGGAGGUGACCACAACAUCCACCAGGAUCGGAAAGUUCGAGGCCAGAUUCUUCCACGCUGCUUACGAAGAGGAGUUUGGCAGAGUCAAGGGACAUUUCGGACCUAUCAACUGCGUGUCGUUCCACCCGGACGGCAAGAGUUACAGCAGCGGAGGAGAGGACGGCUACGUGAGAAUUCACUACUUUGACCCACAGUACUUUGACUUUGAGCUGGAGGUGUAAAAAGCAAGCACACCGGCGGCCAUUUUGAGACUCAUCCAAAUCUCCCAGCGAAGGUGCUCUCGGAUUGUUUUUAAAAACAUUUCUGCCGUGUUCGGCAACGUUUUGACCACACGCAACUAAACAGCUUCAUCUUCA